GAGGUGUCAUCCUCAUCUUACUCUCCUGGGGAAUGGAUCUCGCUCUAGACGACGAAAAAGCCUCUAAUAACGCUCCUCUCUCUGAUGAGGAGCUAAAAAAGGUUCAAAGGCGGAUUGAUAUCCGUAUUAUCCCAUGGUUGUGCAUAACCUACCUUGUGAUGCGCAUCGACAUCAACAAUAUUUCCAACGCCGCUAUCAUCAACAUCGAACAAGGCCACGGGAUCAAGACACAGCUGCACCUGAGCACUCAAGACUGGAACUGGGUCGUUUCUUGCUUCUUCUAUCCCUACGCUGCCUUUGAACCAGUGUCUACUCUCCUCAUGAAGCGGACGACGUGGGUGUCUUUGUCCGACGAAAAUACACCGUCUGAUGGUGACAGGCCGAGCUUCUGGAUUGGACGGAUCAUGAUAACCUGGGGUAUCAUUGUAAUGUGCAUCGCAUCGGUGAAAAACUACGGCGGCCUCGUAACGUGUCGAGUUUUACUCGGUGCCGCCGAAGCUGGGUAUUACCCUUGCGUGAUAUACUACCUCGCGUUCUGGUUUCGACCAGAAGAACUAGCUCUCAGAGUCGUCGCAUUUUACUCUUUUGGUCAAGUCAGCGGUUUCGUAGGGGGAUUCCUGGCAUUUGCGAUUUCAUACGCGGACGGAGUUCUAGCGGGAUGGAGAUGGCUCUUUAUCAUCGAAGGUGUACCUGCGAUCCUAAUGGGAGUGAUGACUCUUUUUAUCCUCCCUGACUUCCCACAAACAGCUAAAUUCCUGACUGAGCAUGAACGGUCGACGAUAAUCGACCGAUUGUCUAAAGAUGCCCCAACGAAAGAGGGAAAGACUUGGGAUAGAGAGGAGGUGUUGCGGCUUCUCGUGGACCCAACGUUCUGGACGUUCUCCGCGGUAUGGUUCUGUCAUGCAGUAGGAGGAUUCGGGUUGUCGUAUGUCUUGCCUACGGUUAUCUACGAACUUGGAUUCACAACGACGGCAUUGAGCAACGUCCUCUCCAUGCCUCCGUCCCUGAGCGCGUUUGCAUUGCUGAACACUCUAGGCUGGCUCAUCCAAAAGCGUUUCUGGAACCCGUUUCGGAUAGCCAUAGGGUUGGAAUUUACCAACAUCAUCUGCUGUAUAAUACUGCUCACCGUGAACGUUCCUGUAGUGCGUUACUUGGCGCUGCUUGUAGCGACGGCAACCGCAGGGUCGGUGUACGCCGUGCUUUGGCCGAACCGUGUUGAAGCUACACGAGGAACGUCAGCCGCUGGGAUGGCGAUAGGGAUAACCAAUGCCAUUGCGCAGUUCUCGGGUAUCUUGGGGCCACAAGUCUUUUCUGGUAUAUACGGACCAUCUUACAAGGUCUCGUUUUCUGUUUGCGUUGGCCUUUUGGCGGGUGCUAUAUUGUCGAUAGCAGCGUCCGCUGUGUUGUUGCACCGAUUAUGGGGAGAUGGGAGGACUAAUGUCUCAUCGAAAGAGACAAAGUGAAAU